AUGGCCAGCUUCGCGAGUGUUGCCAUGCUUGCUAGCUAUGCAGGAUAUAUGGUAGUAUUGACCGCUUGGAUGCUACCAAAUAUCAAUGCACUCUGCGCCGAUUGGGCCCGAGGGUCUCCGCACGGCGACUCAUCGACUGUCGAGGCCCUAGUCACGAGUACAACUACGAAGCCACCUGACGGCAUCUGGAAACUGGUUGCAGCAGAUGCGAAGAGGGAAGACUGCCGAAGGAGUUGCGAGUGGGACUCCGAGACGUUCCUCGUCGACACACCCUUCUCCAUAUCUCAAGCCAAAGACCUGGCCUCAAGUAUCGAGGAAAUCGCCAUAGACGCGCUUAUGAUGGUACAACGCAAGCUGGGUUAUGCGAAGCAAUGUGGCUUUUCCUCGCACCGGGAAAUCGGUUGCUAA